UCCACCGAUGAAACGGGAAGAUUGGUUUCUUUGACAUAAACAAUCUUGUGUGCGAGAGAUAGUGCAAAAGAAAUGAAAAUUAGGAAAAGGAUAUUACCGAGAGUUGCAUCUGAUUUGGGAGCUUUCUUAUUUGUUCUUUUCAUUAUUCCAGUGACGUACUGUUUCGAGCUAUUCAUUGUCUUGCCUGCUCUACAUUCCGUGUGGUCAUUUUGGUAUACUCUACAUUUCAUUUGUGCUACGUAUGUAAUGGUAAACGUGACAAGCAAUUUUGUUGCUGUUGUUGUUGUGGAUACUAGUCUGCAGAAUAUUGUAACAGCAUCCUCACAACCAGAGAAUUGGCGAUACUGCACCGAGUGUGAUACUGUUGCUCCUCCAAGAUCAUGGCACUGUGAUACAUGUAAAAUAUGCAUUUUGAAGCGCGACCAUCACUGUAUGUUUACUGGUUGUUGUGUCGGUCAUUACAAUUAUAGAUAUUUUUAUAUGUUUCUUUUGUACGUGUUCAUUGGUACAUUUUAUUCCACUUAUCUUAACUGCUUUUACAUAUGGAAAAACUUUGAACAUUUUUCUCUUUUAGGUAUAACGAAGUUUAUAUUUCCAAUGGCAAUGCUUGUUUUAGGCGUAGACGCUACUGAAAAACAAGUAUGCUUAUUAAUAUUUAUAAUUAACUUCGUUGGUGCAAUAUUUACAUUGGUUUUGUUGGUUCACCACACCAGCUUAGUGUGCAAGGGAAUGGUAACACAUGAAAAGAGCAAAAAUAUCACAUACUAUGAUAAUGGUCUGAAAAACAACUUAUCUCAGACUUUCGGAAAGAGGUGGCAUAUAUCUUGGUUAUUUCCAUUUGUAGCGUCAGAAUUGCCAAAUGAUGGAACAGACUGGAAUGAUUUGCAGAAAACUGAUUAAUGGAAAUCUAUCACGUUCCUACUGGCACAAUUCUCAAGGGAAGGCGUUCAUGAAUGUGUACAGUGUCUGUACAUUGUGGUUCACUGUUUGUUUGUUUUCUUGUAAAAACCAUCAGAAAUUUGUUUAAAACAGAUGGAGUUGUUUAUAUGUAUUAUGAGAAGCAACUGUAAAAUGUAUAAUUUACAUUAACUGUCUAUGGAUCUGUUUGUCAGUUGGGCAACCAAGUGUCACAAGACUAACAGUUAACUAUUUCUGAACUGAAAAUUAGUUCACUUCUUCACCAUGUCAGAAUAUUUUAGGCCUACCAGAAAUUAGCAUGGAUUGAAGCUAAUCUUUCAAUAAGACUGUAUGAUAAAAGAUUUUCUGGUGUUUUUACAGACAGAAUUUUAAUCACAUUCUAAUCAGUUUUGCCAUUACUACGAAAAUUGUGUUAUAUUUUUGCUACUAAGAUAUUGUGUGAUGAAUGCCUGAGCAUAUCUGUUAAAAGUGCAACUUUUAUUUCAAUCCUAAGGGAUCAAAGGAACUUUCACUGCCUUGUCAGACAUAAUUUAAUAGAGUUUAUAAAAUAAUUGUAUAAGAUAAUUGUUAUUUUUAGCUUAAUUGGAAAUGAAAAGAUUACUUGACAA